AAAUAUAGGAAACAAAAAUAUAAAUGUUGGCGGGUUGGCGCGGCGGCAGGUUGGCAGGCCUGGCGGCAGCCAUGGUGGAGGGAGGCUGGGCCGCUGUUGACACGAGAGUCUCCUGCCCGGGGAUGCCGCCGCCAGCCUCCGCAGACCCCGAGGCCGCCGCCUCCCCGCCCGUAGCUGAACAAAGCUCAGAAUAAACCAGUGCCAAUUUGGCCCUCACAGAUCCCAAGCCAUGUGGUACAUGAUGUUGAGAGAAAACGUGGGUAGCCGGGAUGAGCAGCAUCAGCUGGAGACUUGGUGAAUAAGGUGGUGUGGCAUGAGACUGCACCAAUACAAGCUCCCAGCAUUUUAGACCAAACACAACCAAGAUGGAUCAAAUGCCUCAGGAGAUUAUGCACUCUCUGUUUUCCUUUGAUCACAGUAUGGAAAACAGAGGUCACCUUUACCCUUACAACUAUCAUUAUGGACAGUACCCUUAUCACUACCCUUACCCCUACCCUCACCCUUCAUCUGCACACUCAAACAUCCCCACCUCAUCGCACAGCAUAUCAUCAUCCUCAGCCCAUCACCUAGCACAGGCAUCACAGAGCCUCAUGGCUUCCCAAAUCAACCUGUCACCAUACAGCACCGCAGUCCACAGCAUCCGUCCUCCAGUGGCUGCCAUGAGGGAGCAGAUGAUGGCGGAUGGAAGGCUAUCUGUUGGGGAGUCGAGGCACCCUCACCAGGCUGACCUAGAGCGGCACCCCAUUGAGGUACAACACACGGCUGAGGAUCUCCGCAGUGUCCAGGGGGACUCAAGGAAUAUCGGGGAUGGUCGUUUCUACCCACUGGACAUGCGACCUGUGGCCUCUGAGCAGCGUUAUCCGUGUGAUCUACGGCCCUUGAGCAGCCACUCACGGUCUGCCUCUGACUACCGGCACAUAUCUGAUUACUCUGUCCAGCCCACAGACCUUCGAACACAGCCACUAGAUGCCCGCCUCCUUGGGGAUAUGCGGCCAUCAGUGAGUGAAGAGAGAGUUGCUGAGCCGGAGAGUAGCAGGCAGGCCGACAACAUGCAGCACAAAGAUGAGGCUCAGCUGAUGGCCAGAGACACUGACAACUACAAGUACCUGGGAGAUAUGAGGAGCUGCAACAGCCAUAGGGUUGGAGGAGUCCCACAGCCGCCAGAGGAGCUACAGCUUCCUUCAGGGGACCCGAGGCCUCCACUGAAUGAAGCCAGACCUGAGGCUGACAGCAGGUCUCUCUUUAAUACCUCACAAGUUAGUACAAAUGAAAAUAGGCUUCCAUCUAAUAAUGCACAUGACCCAUUAAAGUCAAUGAUGAAUCAACAUUACUAUGAUCAUAGUAGUAGUUUAGAACUUGACAAGUCUCUAGUAAUGGGUGAAGAUCUUUCUGCCAAAGCUUCCAGCCAGGAUCCCAAACAACAAAUGUGUGAGGCAGGACUGGUUUAUGGAAAUAAUAGUCAUCCUGAAACUGACCCUGGACAAGUUGGUGUUCCUGCACAAAAUACAAAUUAUGAAGGAAACUUGCAGUACCCGCCAGUGAAUACCUCAGAUACCCCUCUGGGACUUAUUUCCCAUGGUCUCAGUGAACAAAGCAGCUUUCAGGAGAGAGCAGACUGUGAGCAUCAAAAUAAAAAUGAAUCAUCAUGCAUCCAUGACCCAAUAAGUAAUGGUUUUGGAGAGAAGAUGGGUAAUGGAGGCACUGUUCCAAACACUAAUGGCAAUGUUGGGCCACCACAGUUUGAAAUGGAAGAGGAUUUUGACUCUGAAGCAUCAUCUGAAUUCUCAGACUCCUAUUUGGAGUUUUCUGACAUAACAAAUGAAGCAUCAAGCACCACAGGGGAAGAACCACCAAAACCCUUUCAGUGCGACGAAUGUGAGGCAACAUUCACCACAAAAGGCAACCUGAAGGUGCACAAACGGAUCCACACAGGUGAGCGGCCAUAUGAGUGUGAGGAGUGUGGCAAAACAUUUUCCUACUGUGCAUCAUAUCAGUCUCACAAGCUGGUGCACAGUGGACAGAGACCAUUCAAGUGUGAGUUCUGCGAUAGAGCAUUCUUCAGAAGUGAGCAUCUGCAGCGACACAGGAGGAGGCACACAGGAGAGCGACCCUUCAAGUGUACUGAAUGUGAUGCCACGUUUGCUGCGAGCGAUGGAUUAUCCCGACACACCAGGACUCACACUGGGGAGCGGCCUUACAACUGUAGGGAGUGUGGGCUGUCCUUUGCCUACAAGGCCACCUUCAUCAGACAUCAGCAGAUACACAGGGAGGGAGAACAUAAGUGUGAGAACUGUGGUCUGGGCUUUCAAGACCCCCAAAGGCUGGAAAAACAUAUGAAGAAACACAGUGAUGCAAACACUGUGUUGAAUAUUGAAAACACCAAACCUAGACCACAUAAGUUCAUUGAAGAUGGAAUUGAAAUUAUGCAGUGUGAGUUUUGCCAGAUGAAGUUCAAAAGAAAGUCAGCUUAUUAUUUUCAUCGUCGGAGCCACACUGGAGAAAAACCAUUUGUAUGUGACGUGUGUGGGUCAUCCUUUGUCAGAGGGUCAUACCUCGAGGAACACAUGCGUACCCACACAGGUGAGCGUCCAUUUAACUGUGACUCUUGUGAAUCAGCGUUCAAGACUCGCACUGCCCUCAGGUUCCAUCUCCGCACUCAUAGUGGGGAGCGGCCAUUCAAGUGUGAGCAGUGUGACUUUGCUUUCACCCAAAAGUCUGCCAUGAAGGCCCAUAUGCGUAUUCACACCGGGGACAAGCCGUUCAAGUGUGAGCAGUGUAAGGCAGCUUUUCGGCACAGCAACAGCUUGACGGUUCACAAACGAACUCACACGGGUGAACGUCCCUUUUCCUGUGAUUCCUGUGGCGCUGCAUUCACUCAGAAAUCUCAUCUUAACCUGCACAAGAGAUCUCAUGCUGGCAUAAAGCCUCACAUGUGUGAUGAAUGCAAUGCCUCGUUUACAAAGAAAGACUACCUCUUAGCACACAAAACCAAGCAUGCUGGGACAAAUGCCAUCAAAAUAGAGGCUCUUGCCCAAGCUUCAGGGGAUUCAUUAUACAAAUGCACUGACUGCGAGAUGGUGUUCACUCAUCCCUCUAGUCUGACAGUGCACAUGAGGAAGCACACUGGGGAGCGACCAUUCGUGUGUGCUGAGUGUGGUGCUUCCUUCCUGUACAGUUCAAACCUCACCACCCACCGCAGGAAACACACUGGGGAGAGGCCCUACAAAUGUGACCAGUGUGAGGCAGCCUUCAUACUCAAGAGCUACCUGACCAUGCACCUCAGGAAACACUCCGGCGAAAGGCCCUUCAAGUGUGAUGAGUGCCAGGCAUGCUUCACACAGAAGACCCACCUCUCCACACACAGGAGGAUACACACGGGGGAAUGUCCAUACAAGUGUGAAGAGUGUGGGGAAGCUUUUAGGGAUGGGGCCAACUUCUGGAGGCACAAAAAGAAACACCUGAUUGGGGAGGGAGCAGCAACCAUCAGGAGGAGGAGGAACAAGAGGGGACGUGGGAGGGGCAGAGGCAGGGGUGGUAGUAGAGGUAGGACCACAGGAGGGUUCCGAGGCUCCCGCACCGGGCCGCCGCGACGAGCAGCCCGUACCCCUCGCAUGUCCGUCACCAUUGAUGAACUCUACGAACAGUUUGUUUUGGCAUCAGAGGAGGAUCAACUCUUCAUCAAGGAGGAACUAGCCGAUCCCUCUAACAAGGAUGAUGAAGGGGAAGAAGAGGAAACUCCAUACAUCCCUAUCAAUCCCAUGGUGGAAAUAAAGCUGGAGGGAGAGGAAGAGGAGCCACAAUAUGAUGAGGAAGAGGGAGACAUGGUGGUGGAGGAGGUACCUGAAGGAGGCUCAGAUGGACUCUCAGCCAAGAAUAAGGAAGGAGUUGUGCAAUAAGGAAAUUAUACUUAAUGUUAAAAUUACAUAUUACAGGCCCUGAAAAUUCUCAAAAGUAUGUAAGGUGUAUGGAACAGGUUUCACAAAUGAAAAAUGCCAGGGAAGUGAGGGAUAUUCUUGCAUAUUGUAGUUUAGGCCAUGUACAAGUGAUUGGCAACAGUGAUGGUUAGAUGCAGAGUAUGUUUUACUAUGUAUAUGCUGCUAUAGUGACUAAUUUAUGGAUCUCAUUUUUUAUUGUCAGAGAAAAUUAUACUAUAGAUGUUAAUUGCAGAAGGGGUAAUUUUUUUAUAAAAGUAGAAUUUAUUCUUGUGAUGUGAUGAAUAGCAAUGACCUUAUGCAGAAAGGGUUGACUUGUUUUUACAGCUUGGUAGUUUAGCUGUGCUGGGUAGGCAGAGCCUAGGAACAGAAGCUGUGGUGUAUGUGUUUGUGAUAGCCAGUAGUGUUAUAUACAAACAUUUAUAUAUAUACAUAUAUAUUUUGUUUUACCAUUGUACAUUUCUAAAAUUAUUUAGAUAUGUAGACUUUAUAUAUUUCAGACUUUAUAUUAUGUAGAUUUUUAUACUACAUGGACAAUAUUUUUUUUGUUAAUUGUCUUCAAUUGCGAAUUAAUGAUGAACAAUUUCUACCUAGUCAGAUGAGAUACGAGGUCAGUCGAUGUUUUGCUGGGCAUUACUUGGUUUUCUUCUAAUGUGUUCAUUAAUGACCAUGACCAGAAUUGUAAAUCAUUUUUGAAAAAAAUUGAUAAAUUUUGCAGUGCUUUAUCAUAGCUGUACAAGAAUAUCAAUAAAAUUUUCAAUAACA